AUGAAGAAUCAAAGCCAGGGCUCAGUCAUUGGUUAUCCUGUUAUUCUUGAGCCAAUUGUUGCAUACAGUCGGCCUGCAGAAUACGGCACUGCUCAUCUGAAGCAAAAGAGAUUGGAGUCCAUCAUUGAUCUGAUGAACAAGUUUAGAAGAAAAGCUGAUAAUCUUGCACAGGGCAUCGGAGAUCAUGGUGAAAAGCUGAUUCAGGCAUUCCAGUGCCAUCUUUCAACAACAGCUGGUCCCAUUCCAGGACUCCUCUUCAUUUCAACAGAAAAAAUUGCUUUCAUUAGUGACCGAUCUCUGCUCGUCAGAUCUCCUAAAGGAUAUGUUGCCAAGAUUCCUUGCAAGGUAUUGAUUCCACUGAGAAGAAUAAAAGGUGCAAAUCCAAGUGAAAAUUCUAACAAGCCAAAUCAGAAGUAUAUUCAGAUUGAAACUACUGAUGCUUUCGAGUUUUGGUUUAUGGGUUUUGUUUGUUAUCAAAGAUCAUUUAAGAAUUUGAAGCAAGCAAUAUCAGAAUCACAAAUGAGCUAUCUGAAGUGA